UAUAAAUAACAGAAACAUUGGUGGGGAGGUGCUCCCGUUAAACGAAAAGUAAAAAUAAAGGAGUGGUGCGGAGUUUGUUGAAAUUUUUGUGGUGUUUUUCGAGUAAAACUUAAGUUCUUGUGCAUGUUCGUGUGUGUGUGUGAGUGAAGAAAUCACAUAAUCCAUGAAAUUGUGUCGCGGUCAUAUACAACAAACCCAAAUUAAAAUGAAGCGUCUAAUGCACAUGCCAUGCCCGAGUAUGUGAAAUGAUCAACCGAAGGGCAAUUUAUCAGCAUCCCCGAAGUGUACUGCAAAAAGUGUAAAAAUAAACAAACAACCAGCAACUAACAAGCAAACAACAGCAAUAACAAUUUGUCAAGUACACACGUACACGUCCUACACCUACCUGGCUAACAAACACACUAGCACAUACAUAUAACACAUCCCAAAAAAAAAACACACAAAACAGGUGAAAAAAAAAAAUCAAAAAAGGCCAGGAGUGGGAGAAAUCGCGAGCGUUUUUAAACGCCUGAGAGCAACAAACAAAGGAUUAUAGCCAUGGCCAGAAUCCUGGGCCCGGAGCUGGCGAUGGUGGAGCCUGCGAAAUGAAUUUAUGCCUCUGCAGUUUUCCAUCGAUUUUCGUCUUGCGCCACAACGGACUGGGGAUGAAAUACCAAACACAUAAAACGGAUUUGAUAUUAAAAAAAUAUGCAGAAACAAGAAAAAAGGCGCGAGCUACGCCUGAAGCGAUUCUGGCGCUCCCCGAAGACCACCUCGUCGGACGACUCCACCGGCUAUGAGAGUCCGACGCGAACGAAGGCGGCCAGCGCCGGCGGGGGCAGCGAUGCCCAGAGGUUCAACCACCUGCACUACACCAGCCUCUCCCAGGGAUCGGGCACCUCGUCUUCGGCGGGCGGAGGAGCCACCGGCUCCGGAACGGGGGCGGCAGUGGCGUCCGGCAGCAGCAAGCCCUCCUGCUCGCUACCACUGUUGCAGGUGUGGCCCAGCCAGCCGCUCCUGCGCCAGGAGGGCUUCGUACAGUUGCGUCGAAACAGCGGCCCCGAGGGCCAGCGGGAUUCGCCGCGCGGCGAGGCCGAUGGCCAAUCCUUUGUGUUCCCCGCCAUUGUGGAGACGAGUGUCUGCAGUCCGGUGGCCGGAGAGCCGAGUGGCAGCCUGGGGAGCACCAACCUGAGCUUGAACGCCCGGCGGAGCAACAACCACUUGAGUUUGUCGACGGAUCGUCGCAGUUCCUUGUACUGUGACACCCUGCACGCCGGUGACUCGGGGAUCGACUCCGUACAGGCCUCACCUUCGCCGAAUGCCUUUAUAGCCCCGCCGGGGGUGCAUGGACUGCCCCUGGGCCAGACGGGUGGCGGGUCGUGCCACGUUUCGCCCACAAGCACGCCCACCCAGGGCUCGCCGAACUUGUCCCUGGGCCGGCGGGGCAUGCGGAACAGCAUCUGCGUGGUGCCCAGUGGCGCCACCGGAAGGAGAAAGUCCAGUGCUCUGCUGCAUCCGGAUCAUGCCCGGCUGUUCGCCCUGCGGAUGAAGCAUGCGGCCGCCUUGGAACGGGCUCAGACCUCCCCGGACCAGACUUCCAUCGAGGAUGCCAACGAGUUCCAUGACAACGGACUGGCCACCAAUCUGCGCCUGUGCUCGGCCUCGUCGUCGACGACGUCGUCGCUGACAUCCGUGGCCGCGGUCAGCCUAGGCGGUGCCGUUGGUGGCUGCGGGGGUGCUGGGGGUAGCUCUGGUGGUGGCGGCACCGGUGGCGGCUCCUCCUCCGGCUCCGCCUAUGCUGUGGGCGCGGCGGGCGUCCAGCAGCGCGUCUCCGAUCCCUGGCUGCAGCCGCAAUCCGACCGGGAGAGGGACUCCCGCCACGACGGACGGAGGCGAUCCUCCACGAUGACCGCCCGUUACUCCCUGUUCGAUGCUUUGGACCUGGAGUAUGUCCUGCUCCGGGCAGCGGCCAGGGGCUCGGUGGGUCCGUACAGCCUCAGCGAGUCGAUACACAAGCUCACAUUCACCCAGUCCUUGGCCUUCCCGGCUCUGGCCCGGGGUCUGGCCACCAAACGUCGCAGAUCGGCCACGCACACCAGCUCCCGGCCCCUGAACCCUCACGAAUCUGGGCUGAAUACCUGCGCCAAGGUGGUCACCGCCGUCGUCCUGGUGGCCCUGUCCUUUAUGGUAUUCCUUAUUGUCUACAAAUUUGUGAGGACGUGAGGAUUGCUCCUGGCCCCGUCGCCAGAGCUACCAGUCACAUAUCAGGCCAACUAUGGAUCGGAGGACGCCUCGACCACAACCUCCAUCAUAUCCUCGGCGGGCCGCAGUCUGGGCAAGCACAUGUCGGGGUUCAGGAGCAAAUUGGGCCAGCGCCAGGCCGACUUUGAGUGAUCGCAAAUGUUACAAAAGGCUAAGGCAUUGAAGACAC